AUGGCCCAACCUUCGUCCUCCCAUCGAGAGCGGGAGCGGGAGCGAGAACGCAGCAGUUCCUCCCGGCACCAUCAUCACCGCACCAUAUCGUCUACCACACUCCUCCUCGUCUUGUCCCUCGUACUGGCCGUACUUGCCAUUAUGCUUUCACUUCCUUCGUCGCAGGCCAACAGAGACGGAGCUACUUCUAGUGAUCCCGCUAACCAAGGCCUGCUGGGGUACCUGACACCAAAACGUACUCAGGCGCUGAUUGCGCGCGAGAGUAACGUCGCCAUGCGCGAAGCUGAAGUUGCUCGCCGUGAAGCCGAAAUACUAGCCGGUGCACCUGGUGGUGUAAUCGCCAACCAACCUCCGGUCGUUUGCCCCCCUUGUCCUACCGUUGUCGAAAAAGUCACGGAGCCUGCUCCUCCUAUUCAGACUGUCAUCAAGGAAGUUGUAAAGGAAGAGUCGCUCACACCACCUGGAUGGUGGGAUCAGGCGCGUGUUCGCGCUGAAGAUAUCUUGGAUCGCGAGCUCAAAAUUGCUGAACGUGAACGUGAAAUCAGCCGACGCGAAGAGGCAGUCAAUCGUCGCGAGCAUGACGCGUCUAGGCGUGAAAGCUGGAUUAUGGAACAGCUUGUCGCUUUAAACAACGACGAAUCCAUGGUUGAGGAAGAGGUCGUUUACGAUCCACGACCAGCAAGCCCCAUGAGGAGACCCAAGGCUCCCCUUUAUAACGCUCUUCCCCCUCCACUUCUCACUGAAACAGCCCUCGAGAUAGCGACCGAAACAAGGACGGUCACACGCACGCAGCAUCACACAGUCCCGACACAGGUCUCGUCUGCACCUCCACCCGCCAACACACGCAUCGUCUUAGCACCAACACCCGAGCUGGUCUCGCCCUCAUCCUUCACCACUCACAUUCCGCGUACGACCGCCGUAGAAGUGAUCACUGAGGAGCCCGUCAUCCCGGAACCUGAAGAGGAAGAGGAGGAGGCCGUAGUGGUCAAAGUCAAGCGGAACACGCGACAAAGGUCGCCGCCGCCCGCGAGUUGGCUUAAUGGCUGGUGA